CACAUGUACACCUAGCACGAUUUGCUGGUGUCCAAAGAGUGCUGCAACCACGUGGGUUGGAACAGGACUCGAACGAUUUUUCCUGCACAAGGAUCUCGCCGUUUGGGGUGUUUGGCGCUUUGAAAAAUCUCGGAACCUGCUGCCGUGGUCGUGGUGGUGUAGAGCGCAAGGGUGGCGUGCAAUUUUUGUGCCGCCUUCUGUCCUGGUGCAACGAACGAGCAGCCCUCAACAGCAACAUAAUGCAGUUACGCAGAGUUACCGAAGCGUCGUGGGCGUCGGCCAUCGCGUUGACGAUCCUGCUGCUGGUUUUCGCCUCUACAAUCGACACAACAUCCGCCCUCAGUUACCGAGGCUACAAACAGGAGAUGAAGGAACAGCCCGACGAUGUACUGAUUGAUCUCAUUGCACGAUACGGUCACACGAUGCUAAGAGCCAAAGAUGAGCUAGAGAACUCCAAACGAACGGUAGACUUCGGACUGUCACGCGGCUAUUCAGGCGCCCAGGAAGCGAAACACCGAAUGGCCAUGGCGGUCGCCAACUUUGCCGGCGGCCCUGGGCGGAAACGAAGGUUCGAAGGAAUCAUGCUGUAAAUUACUGACCACCGAUGCGAGCCGAACCACCAUUCCUGUCAUGUUAUCAUGAAUUCACGUGCAAUACACGACCACAGUGUGUAACGGGAUGCAAAAUCGACGAAAAUGAGCCUCACAACACAAUCAAUUCGAGCAAUACAACCGCUUUUUGUCUUCUGUCUAUUGUUGAACGUAGAGUUUAAAAUAAAUUAAAGCCAGUUUUGAUAGAAAUGUAUCAAUGAUGAUGUA